CGUAAGUAAAUUGUAUUGUCAAUAAUCAAUAUUGCAAACUUGGAUGAAAGUAACUUUAAAAGUAAUUAGUUUACAAUCACAUAACUGAAAAAACGUAAUCCGACUGAAAGGAUACUGACAUCGACGUUCCUCAAUAAAUGCUUAUAAACCAUUGCACUGGAAAGUACUUUGUGGACGUGACUUGACUGUUGACUCGACACACUUGAAAACUUUACGGACUACAAUGAGCACUUGGAACCAAGUCGUACGCAAUGAUGAACGAAAGGAGGAUAAACCUCCGCAUUCCACGAUUUUCGUUGUUUGUGGCAAACAAACCAAGGAAGAAGACCUAAGGCCACCUUUUGAACAAUUCGGUACCAUUGAAGAUAUAUACAUACCUAAGGAUCGAACCACGGGCGAGACCAAAGGCGUAGCGUAUAUUAAAUAUAAUAAAACAUCUUCGGCAGCUCUAGCCAUCCAAGAACUGCAUCUCAAAACCUUGAAAAGUGACUCAAAGCCUAUAAUAGUGAUGGUUGCAGUGAAUAGAAAUGACUCUAACAGCUGCAGCGAGGACAGAUAUACGCGGCUGUUUAUUAAAGUUCACAAAGAUGCAACUGAAAGUGAAAUAAAACAACAUUUCUUUAAUUUUGGACUUGUGGAGUCAGUUCACUUGCAAAAGGAUAAAUUUACUGAGGCGAAUAAAGGAUUUGCAUAUGUUAAUUAUAAAACUUUUUUUGAUGCUGCAAAAGCUUACGAAGAAUGUGACAGAAAGUACAGGCCUAUGUUUGCAACUCCAAAGGAGGAAUUAAAAAGAAGUAGGAAUAGCUUAGAGAUGGAUAGUUUUCAUUCAAGUAAUUCUCCUUGUAGGGAUAACUAUGUAGACCGUUACCACCAUAGGGAUGAUGCUAGGAGAGAUAUAUUAAAUGGAGUAACAUUAACUAAACCUUUUGAUUUCAACCGAAUAAAUGUUAAAUGUUACCCACCGGUGCCUCAACGAUAUAUAGAGCAAUUGUUUAAUGUUGUACCGGGGAUGAAAAAUUGUCAGUACACCCUAGAUACUUAUAACGGUGUGUGCAAAGCCCUAAUCACUUAUGAUCAUGACAAAGAGGCUGCAUUUGCUAUGGAGAGGCUUAACAAUUUUGAAUUUCCUUCCGGAGAAAUAAUAACAGUUUGGCCUGAUAAGAAUCCUCUGAACAAGGCUGCGGCAGAGUUAAGUAGCAUAGUUAACAAUUUUAAAAAUGCUAUUGAUGCUGGCUCCCCCAACUUAGUGCAACUAGCUGAUGCCAUAGCAGAAGCAUCCACUUUAAUUAAAGUUGUCACUUGUACUUCUGAAAUAUCUAAGGAACAGGAACAUGAUAUGAACUACUGUAGCACCCCUCUCCCCCCACCCCAACCUUUGGCCAACAAUGCCAGCAGAGUGGUGCAAAGAUGUUUUAUAGUUUGUAAACCCCAGCCUCCACCUAGUUCUGUGUUGAGAGAUGUAUUCUGUAGAUUUGGUGACCUUAUACAUGUCUCAACAUUCCCCAAUAAAAUAUUUGGUUUUGCAAAAUAUGCCUCUAUUAAAUCGGCGCAGGAAGCUAUAAAAUGUUUAAAUGGAGCUGUUGUAUGCGGAAUCCGCUUAAAAGUCAUGGAGGCUGAUGAGAAACCUACAAAGAAUGACGAUGAUCAGAGAAUGAAUGACGACGAACAAAAUGAUAACAGAGACAAUGAUAUAGACAGAAAAAGAAUAAGACUUAUUGACAGUUCGGAAUAACGAGAGACAAGCAUGACGCGACCAUAAGUACAGACAGCAUAAUAUUAUCU